AUGGAGAUAGAGGUGACAGAGAUAGAGAUAGAGAUGAAUGAUAAUGAAAGACAGACUUCGAACCCAAUCGAUGUGGCAGGCAGGCCUAGCACGGUGCACCACACGCUUCUUCAGAAGACACCAGGGGUGGCGGACGCCUAUCGGGCUCCUGUACGAAAGCCCGGGAAAUGGUGCGCUGUCCACGUCCAGAUUGCUUGGCAGAUCUACCAUCACCAACAGAAGAUAAAGCAAAUGCAGCUGGAUCCCCACAAGCUUGAAAUCGGCGGAAAACUUGACCUCUUCAGCAGACCGCCAGCUCCCGGUGUCUUUCCUGGGUUCCAUUAUUCUCAAGAUCUUGCCCGACCCCUCUUCUCCAGCACAGGGUCUGCUCACCCGAACUCCGCUCCAUUUGGAUCCUCGCCUCAUCAUAGCAGCUUCCUGCCCACCAGCCAUUUGGCAGGUAGGUAUCCGUUUACAAGGUCAAGCACCUUCAGCGGCCUUGGAAAUUUAAGCAGCAAUGCCUUUGGCGGAUUAGGCAGUCAUACUUUGAGUAAGUACGGAUGGGUUCCUCAGACUAGCUUCUUUCCCAGAGAAGAGCCAUGUUCCUAUCGAAAGCAACCGGUGGCCGUUUGUUUGAAGCUUCUUAAAAACAUCCCCCCCCCCACAAACAACGGACUGAGGCUACAAAUAUUCGUCCGUAGAGGACUUUCCCUAAUUGAUGUCCCCAGGUCCAUCAAGAAUGGUGACUUCAGCUCACUUUCCAGAGAAGGAGUUGGGGGAGACCAAUAA